AAGGGAUCCAGAGGACUUACUCCACUGAUGUCAUCCGUAAUGUGAUGGGUGCCAGUCUGGCCCUGCCUCCAGGAGACAUUUAUAACCUGACUGUAUCAGCCUGUACCGAAGGCAAACGCAACUCCUCUGUCCCCAACAUCAUUAAACUGGAGCCAGCCCCUCCGCGGUCCCUGUACGCGGUGAACGCCACCCACUCCUCAGUGACCCUGCUCUGGAGCGGGGAGGGAGUGGUUGACUUCUACCAGGUGCUCUGUAAACCCACCAACACCAUCAACAAGGACCUCAAGGCUCGGGAGCCUCUAACAGCCCAGUCCCAUAUGGUGACAGUGUCCAGCCUGCUACCCUCCUCCUCCUAUAACUGCAGUGUGAUCAGUUAUAGCUACAGUACUCCCAGCGAGCCAGCCUUCAUACACAUCUCUACUACAGCCAGAGAGAUGAACCCCAGCGUAGCUGCCAUCUCUGCUCUAGCAGUCCUCAGUGUCCUCCUUCUCAGCCUGCUGGUCCUCUUCCUACUGAUGCUGCGUAAGAAACACCUGCAGAUGGCCAG